AAACCAUUUUACACCCAAUCAAGUAGCUCGAAUGCACUGCUAUAUUGAUUUGGUCUACAAAACCUGGGUCCAUGGUAGAAAGCCCACCACUGUUCCUCUUGCACCAGUGGUGAUUGGUCAAGAUGCAGAUUCCGUCACCAUUCAUUGGCUGAACCCAAUCAGUGGGCCACUUGCCCACAGGGAAGGUGACAUGAACUGUCUUCUCUGUGAUGAAAACGGAGCGUUCCAUCAGUACGCCUAUGAGGCCACUUCUCCUCACGCCUGUGAUUCCACUGGAUACUGGACACCAGAGGAAGCAGUGG